GAACAAUUUACAUGGAUGAGUAAACACAGUGCAUCAGUAAACCAAUCAGAGCACAGAGAUUUUGAUCAUCAUUCUGCUUUGCUCCCCCUCGAGAAAAAGAAAAUGGAGGAAGCAAGCAGUGAUCGCAAGUGGAAGCCAGACAAUAAAACUAUCGAUAUACUGAUUGAUUUGUUCCACAAAAACCCAUGUUUGUGGGACAAUAAAUUAAAAACCUACAAUGACAAAGAAAUAAGGAACACGGCUAUGCAAAAAAUAGCUAUGGAACUUGGCACAGAAGUGGAUAAUAUUAAAUGGAAAUGGAACAAUAUUCGAACCCAAUACAGAAGGGAAAAAUCAAAAGAAUAUGUGAAGAAAUAUGUUAGCGGGGUUGCCAAUGGCUACAAAAGUCGAUGGAGACUGAGGGACAGGCUUGUGUUUUUAGAUGAGAGUCUAGCCCCGAGAGAGUGGAAGACACGACUGAAACUGAACAGCGAUGAGGAUGCCGAGUAUAAAGCAGAUGAUGAAGACAACAAUAAGAGGAAUGAGUCUGAAAGUACAUUAAACUAUGCUGUUCAACCCAAAUCCAUGCCACGCUUAACAAAGCAAAGAUUGCACAAGACCAAAUUGUUAAAGCAAUCAAAACGUUUAUUUAGGAAGAGACAGCUUUUGGAGAAAGCGAUUCUUUGCCUGGAAAUGGCCACAAAAAAACCAGAUACAUGUGUUUCUGACCCGGAUUAUAAUUUUGGACGAUAUGUGGCGGACGAGUUAAAAGUGAUUACAGAUUCAAGUGUAAAGCAAAUGGCUAAGGACAUCAUACAUUGUGUGCUUUUGGAGGCAAAAACCAAGGACAGUGUACCAUGCACUUUAUGACCAAUCCUACUUAAAAAUGUCAACAGUACAGUAUUAAAAACCUAUGACCUACAAUAUCCAAAUAAAAUAGUAAUUCAGUGGUCUUAGACUUAAAAUAAGUCAGUGAUGAUUGACUUAAAAAGAAAUUAUUGUCAAAUCAUUUCAGGCACUGAUUGGAAAUACCGCUUCUAUCUUCCAAUAGUGCAUUCAGAAUUUCACUUCAAUUGCAUAUUAAACAUGGUUCAAGUCUGAGUUAAGAGACACCUGGCCACUGGAAGUGCCGAAUCGUACUGCACGUUCUUCAGUCGCUGUUGAUACAUCCAGCCACUGUAUACUACUGUAUAAGUAGCCUGACACGCCACUAUAUGUUAAAUGAACAGUAUCCUAUCAUUCGUAGUUGAAUUAAUUACAAAAAGUUAAUUACAAAACACAAAAUUGGAUAUUUCUCUGAAAUUAAGAUGGAAAAUAGGUGCAUUAUAAAUUCUAUUAUUAUGACUUUUGUUAUUAACAAAUAAUUACACUAUACCAGGGGGAGGGGGACACUAAAAUUGGUUGGAGGGCCAAAUUUUUGAUUCAACUCCGAGGGCCGCACCCAAACUUUGAUGUUUCAGUGCACUUCUAAAAACCUUCAUACACUGCUUUAUGAUCACUUUAUGCUCAGGGUUACUAUUAAUUAUACAGAUAAUCGGUGUCGGGCUGCAAAAAACAAGGGUGUUUUCUAGCCAAAGACGGUUGGUUGGCCGCACACAGUGUUUAUACAGUAAUUCAUUUUCGCAGGUUGCGAAAAAAAUCACUGGUGGGCCAUACUUUGCCCACCUAUGCACUACACCAACGAUGGUGAAAACAUACUAAUUAUAGGUUAUCCUGGUUUUAAACAAAUUGUUACAUGCUAAAAGGCGAAACUUUUUAUUCUUUGCAUCGCAAACUUAUUUUUUUAAUAUCAUUAGAGGAGGGUGGAAAAAAAUUGUUUUCUUAUUUAGCAAAGAGUUUUUUUUGCCAAAAACAU